UCCCAAGCACCUAUACCAGAGUCACCUGAGAUUCUGAGAAAGAGAACAAGAGAGAGUCUGAGAGACUGUGAAAGAUGACGGAGGCGAUGAUUAGAAAGAAGCCAGGGAUGGCGAGCGUGAAGGACAUGCCGGUUCUCCAAGACGGUCCGCCACCCGGCGGGUUCCCUCCGGCCCGAUACGCCCGUCGGAUCCCCAACAAGGGUCCCAGCGCCGUCGCCAUCUUCCUCGCCGCCUUCGGUACCUUCUCCUGGGGCAUGUACCAGGUCGGCAAGGGCAACAAGAUCCGAAGGGCGCUAAAGGAAGAAAAAUAUGCAGCUCGCAGAGCAAUACUUCCGGUGCUUCAAGCUGAAGAAGACGAAAGAUUUGUCAAAGAGUGGAAAAAGUAUCUUGAUUAUGAAGCUGAGGUUAUGAAGGAUGUGCCUAACUGGAAAGUUGGUGAGAGUGUCUACAACUCUGGGAGAUGGAUGCCCCCAGCUACUGGUGAGCUGCGCCCUGAGGUUUGGUGAUUCUUUUUCGACUACAGUUACGUUGGUGGUUGACUCUAGUUGGUUUGUCCUCUUCAUGCAUGUUUUCUUUGGUGCAAUGUCAUAGCCCUGUAAUUGUGAAAUAAAAGUGCAACAGGAAACCUCGUUUACAUGUUUGCAGACACUACAACUGUAUUUGACUUAUUUUAUCUCUUUCAUUUCAUUCUCUUC